AUGGACGACGAAAGUCAAGAUGAUAAAUUACUUAGUUCUCUUGCGAGACACAGAAGCCCUGUUUUCUCUAAAGAAGAAGUGAAAUGUAUAAUCAGUUUAAUAGAAAAAUAUAAAACUAUUUUAUUAAAUAAAUCAACAAAUAAUGCUGCAUGUCACGCUAAAGAGAUGGCUUGGACUAAAUUAACAGAGGUAUUUAACUCGCAAGGUUUCAAAUACAACAGGAAUACAGAAAGUAUUAAGGGUAAAUGGGAUAACUUAAAGAGGGAUGCUAGAAAAGUAUCUAAAAAUUUAAUGGAUGUGGAUCAUGAUGAUUUUGAUGAGAUCACAAGCCAAAUAGUUAAUAUGCUUGUAGAAGCUGAAAAUACUAGUGAAAUAAAAGACUUUUCGGAAGAACUCAAAGUUUUAGAAGAGGAAGAUUCAAAAAUACCAAAUCAUGACACAGAGAAAUACUGGGAUGAAAAUACUAACAAAGAAAUUAAUGCCUCAAUAGAAUAUGGUGUUAAACGAAGGUUAGGUGUCAACAGGUCUAUGAACUUUACACCAGAAGAGUGUAGUAUUCUUCUAAACUGUGUGAGACCAGAGAAGAAAUAUAUAUUUAGCAAAAUUCACACAGGCAAGGCUAUUAGAUUGAAAAAUCAGGCAUGGAUACGGGUUACUCGCUGUUUCAACAAGAUAAGCCCACAUAAAAGAUCAACUAAAAUGUUACAAAAUAAAUUCACAAACAUGAAGAAACUAGUAAAAAAAGAAACCAGUUCAUUUUUCAAGAAUGUUGAUGACAAGAAAUAUACAAAAUCAGAAACUGAUAAUAAUACUGACAAGAAAAUUAAAGCAGAGCCAACAUUUUGUUUAGAAGAUGAGAUUGAGGCAGAUCAAGAUGUUGAUGACAAUGGGCAGGUAGAGGAGUUAGUUGAUGAAUCUACUGACAAUUACGGACACCACAGUGACAACAAUAGCAAUCAUGAAGCACCAGACCCUCUCUCCACAGUCCUUAGCGGAGAUUCUGGUUUUGGUUUUAUUUCCAUGGACCCACCAUUUGGCAAAUCCGAUAAAAAUAAGGAUAUCAUAAAAUUGAAGAUGGAAUUACUGCAAUGCCAGUUGGAAACAGCAAAAAUAGGUCCGACAAAUGACUCCACCCCACCUGAUGUUAAGUGA